AUUCUCCCAAAUUAUUAUUAUUUUAGACUCAAAAAUUAAUUUCAACGCGACCAAGUGCAUUGCACAGCAUAACGUCAUUUAUGUACAGCCAAACUGGAAUAAAACUUUCUUCCCCCCUUUAUUUUUAAGUUUUUCUUUUUUUCUCAUCUUGGAUUAACAACAAAAAUGGCGAAAUCAAUACCACCCAUUACAAGAACAGCUACAGCACCAGUGAUCCCUACCAAAACCUCACCAGAAAGGACGGUCCAACAGCGGUUCAAACUUAAUAAACAAAGACCACUUUACUUUAAACCAAGACUGACACAAUUCGACUUGUCUAACCCGGAUACAUCCAAUGAUACCUUUCGAGGAUUUUACACACUCUUUUGGAUUGCCAUGGGAUUCUAUGUGAUUCAGGCCGUAGUCCGUUGCUAUGAACAAGAAGGUAUAUUACUCUCACUGGGCUUCUUUCGGCUCUUUUCAAAAGACGGCUUGACCUUAUUGAUAUCGGAUUUAACCAUGGUCUCCAUGACCUUGUUCAGUGUAUUGUUCUCCAAGUUGUUUGUAUGGGGGGUUUUACCUUAUGAAACCUUUGGUGUCGUUAUACAACAUACGUGUCAAGCCUUAUUUUUAUUUGUCAACAUUUAUUGGACGUUUUGGAGAAACUGGCCUUGGGUCCAAUCUGGAUUCUUUACAAUGCAUACAAUCGUAAUGAUGAUGAAGAUGCAUUCAUAUACAGCAUUAAACGGAGAUUUAUCACUCAAAAUGAAGCGAUUACGUCAAUUGAAGGAACAGUUACCUAAAUUAAUUUCUGUUAAAAACCCAGAAAAUGAUGGAGAAAUUAGACACAUGGAAGAAGAAAUUAUAUUUUUACAAGAGGAAAUGGUACACGGCAAUACAAGAUACCCUGAUAAUGUAACCGUAGUCAACUUUUUGGAUUAUUUGCUUGUACCUAGUUUGGUCUAUUGGAUGGAGUAUCCACGUACCGAAAAGAUUCGUGUUUGGUAUGUGUUUGAGAAGACAACGGCUACACUGGGCUCGUUCCUGAUGCUUUACGUUACCACAGAGCGUUACAUCCUUCCGAAAUUGUAUGAUCCUGAUAUGUCUGAACCACGCGUUAUUCUGGAGCUCCUGUUCCCCUUCAUGCUCAACUAUCUGUUUAUUUUCUACAUCAUCUUUGAAUGUAUCUUGAACGCAUUUGCCGAACUUAGCAGGUUUGCGGACCGUAAUUUUUAUGAUGAUUGGUGGAAUAGCGUGACUUAUGACGAAUUUGCCCGUAAAUGGAACAAGCCAGUGCAUCACUGGUUACUUCGUCAUGUCUAUGCACAAUCCAUUGAAUCUUACAACCUGACAAAGACUAAUGCGACCUUUGUCACGUUUUUAUUGUCUUCCCUUUUCCAUGAACUCGUGCUGGUGAUUGUGACACACAAGAUACGUUUGUACAUGUUUGUGAUUCAAAUGCUGCAGUUACCCAUGAUUGUCAUUGGUCGCAUGUCCCUGUUUCGAAAUAGAUUUUGGUUGGGUAAUGGUUUCUUUUGGCUGUGCAUGUUGUUUGGUCCUCCAUUCUUGGGGAUUUUGUAUUGUCGUGAAGCCUUUUGGGCAACUUGGUCACAUCCUCGCUUACCCAAUCCUAGCAUUAUUAUAGAAUAGAAAAAAAAUAAAAAGAAAAAGCUUCAAAAAAAUAAAAUAAAG